AUGUCACAUUCAACACCUGAUGAUACCAGCAACAAUCUCGAAGUAUUAUCCCUACCUACCUCACCAGAGUGCAGCAGUGAUGGGGACCGGAGUACAUGGCCCACGGAGGAUCAUUGGAGGCAUAUUGACGAUUGGCUUUAUCGUCAUAAAUUGGCCAUGAUGUGGAUGGAGAGAGAUAAUAAGGCGAUUAAAGGAAAGCAGUAUAUUCUCAAACAACUUCCUGCUCAAUAUUCCCUUAUGGACAGACCACGAUUCAGUGAUAAUACAAUUCGAGAUAAAUUUUUCUAUGGACAUCCCUCGGGGGCCCCUUUCAACUCUCCCAAAAACUUCUUUCCUCACUUCUACUGGUUGGUAAGUGGGAAAUCAGGGAUUUGCCCUUGUGAUUGCUGCAAGAAAAGAAGACCUCAAACCACUGCCAGUGGAUCUGGGACAAGUACCGCCACGACAUCACAUCAUCCCCUAGCCCCCCGUCAAUGGGCUAGAGGCAGGCCAGCAAAAAGGGCAUCGAAAUUACCCGCCCCAAGACGAAUAACAGACUCUGAAGGUGUCCCUGAUGUUUACCGGGAACUGGUGACCAGGCUCAGUAAAGAGAGUGAAAUAGAUGAACCCGUCUCUGAGCCUCGAAGCAUGGACUGGCGGGCCGAGAAUAAGCUAGUACGCGAACACAUCGUUCGGAUUGGCUUACAAGGAUCAUAUAUUCCUCGAGUUGGGGAGGUUGUCCUCUGGGUGCCUCGACUCAACGAUGGCAAGCUCAAAUAUAAUGAGCAGGAACGGUCUUAUCAGAUCUACUCCAGCAAAAUGCGCCGUUUCAUAGGUAGGCCCGACUGGAGAGCAGGAACAGUCAGUGAGGUACCAGACAAGGACCCCGUAGUCCUUGAAGAUCUGAUCGAGCCAACCAAAAAGACAUGGGAGGUCAACUACUCCGGUUUCCGUGUCGAGACAUUCCCCAACCCCAACAGUGAUGAUAAAAGCGCUUCGUUGCAAUACCAGUAUGUGCACAUCUAUCUUCUACGUCCAUUCAAUUCGUGGCCUACAUGGCUUCAGGGCAUGCCACAAAAGGAAUGGCAUCCUUCGAUCAAGCAUGCAAUGACGGUCAUGUCGUCGGUGUGCAUGAUCAACAAAUAUCAUUUCAAGGGCGUGUGGCCGAAUGCAUCGAUCUAUUGUCGUGGGAUGUUCCUCGGUCCUGAGAUGAUAGUCGUCGGUGACACAGUACGACUGAAGGCGAAAGGAGCAACAGUCAACAGACUAGCACCUGUCACGGAUGUUAUGGUCAUCAAACGCAUAGAGUUCAGACUCAACUCGUGUAUCAAAGAUCCACAAUCACCGCACCUCGCGAAAUCAUACUCUAUACGCAUACGCGGGAAUAUAUAUUCAAAUUUACCGACCAGAGCAUGCCGCAAUCCGGAUGGGUACGGCAGCCAACCUCUCAAUCAACAAGAGGUAAUCGACGCCUUUCAACAGGUUGGCAUGAGCGAAUAUGGAGCUUGGUACCGCACGCACAGACCCGGCACGGCGGUUGAGAUAUCCCACGACAUGAUCAUCGGACGAUGCUACGAGCCCGCGGCCAUGGAGUUAGUAUUCGGCCACACCUCUCUAGACUAUGAUCUUUUUGGCAUGCUCGCCAGCCGGGACUGGUCACGUAAAACCGAUAACCGCAUGGAGGACGGACAGGAUUGGUUCUGGGCCGAUUACAGGGUCCAGGCACUCUCCAUUGACACUCUGAAUGGUGACGAAGUCGGCCGAUAUUCAAAAUCACGGGAACCGCGGAUGUGGAGGGGUGUGCUGAAUAUACUUGACGGUAUUCCUACGCAGGCAGACUGGGAAGCUGCAAAAUUGCCCCGGAAUGCGGGUAGACAACCUGGUCGACCGAGCAAGUCGCAGUUUGCAGAGGUGCAGAAGAUGAGCUCCCUGGUCAGUAGUGGGUUGAAUAUGGAGGGGAGUGCGAAUGUGAGCUCUAAUGAUGAGACGGUGAAUACGUCUAGUGAGGAGGAUAAUGAUAAAGCUGAAGAAAUGGACAUGGUUGCUAUAAAGGGGUCUACUACGAAUUCGCCACCUGAUCUUGCUAGAAUUGGUCAUUCCAAAGACGACGGUAUCAAAGACGGAGACGAUGAUGAUGACGAUGAGGAUGACUGGGAUGAGGAUCCUGCUGUGUUGAUUCAAGCAUUCAAGCCUCAUCAUAUCCCGAUCAGGGGGAACAGCAACUCUCCUGCAAAGAAUCCACAAUUCAAACGUCCGAGAAUUGGCUUUUAA